UGCCGGACCGAUCACCCCCGUCCAUGAUCUGAAUGUACCAUAUGAAGGGCCUGCGGAGGAGUACGAGACCCCGACGGCUGAGAUGCUCUUUCCACCUACUCCUCUGCAAACCCCCAUUCAAACUCCGUUGCCAGGAACAGAUCAGUCGAUGUAUAACAUCCCUACAGGCCCCUCUGAGUAUGCUCCAUCUCCAACAACUGAUAUCAGAAAUGGUGUUGAUUUAAAAGCUGGAAGGCCUAGCCCAUACAUGCAACCACCCUCCUCUUGGAUGACUCAAAGACCUUUGGGUGUUGAUGUUAAUGUGGCUUACGUGGAAGGGCGUGAUGAGGUGGAUAGAGGAGCUUCUGAUCAACCCAUGACCCAGGACUUCUUCACGAUCUCCUCUGGAAAACGCAAAAGGGACGAUUAUGCUUCCCAGUUAACUUCUGGAGGUUAUAUGCCGCAACAAGAUGGAAGUGGUGAUGUGAUGAUAGAAUUUCUUCCACCAGAGAAUCAGCCAAAAGAAGUUCAAGAAUCGAUACCUGGACGUGAUCGAGAAACUGCGAUUAAGAUUCUAUCGAAGAAGGAAACAGAAGCAGCUCCAGUGCUUCCUCAGCAGGAUGGGGUCAAUGAUGAAUAUGAUGAUCUGUUUCAUUUCCAGGGAGUUGCCAAUGAAGACUACAAUACGCCAGCAGAAGAUGUUGAACUACGAGCUGCUACCCCUGCUGUUGGCACACCAAAACCAGCUAAAAAUGAAGCAGUUGAGGAUGAUGAGCCUUCUCUGAAUGAAGAUGAUGAUGACGAUGAUGAUUUAGAUGACCUUGAGAAUGGUGAGGAAGAGCUAAACACACAACAUUUAGUUCUAGCUCAGUUUGACAAGGUAACACGGACAAAAAGCAGAUGGAAGUGCACUCUCAAGGAUGGUAUCAUGCAUAUCAACAGUAGGGAUAUUCUUUUUAAUAAGGCUACUGGUGAAUUUGAGUUUUAAAUUUUGUUAUCAAGACAUUGUCUAGAGGUGAGAGUGAUGGCAGAUCAACAUGUGCGUGGGCUGAGUGUUAUCCUUGCAGGCGCUAUGUUAUUUGGUGAGUAUGGGAAUCGAUACCUUGGAGAUAAUGUGAACAUAAAAAAUUCCCAUACUGAAUGGACUGCCAGGGUUGUUGAUUUUCUUUGUAAAGAUGCUAAAAUUAAUUGGACAUUGUAAAUUUGUUUUUCUGAAAACAACGAGAACAACUAUGUCCGUUAUUUAUUUUCAGCCAUUUAUACUUAUUCAUGCCAGGUAA